UAGAGAGUUAAAUCAUGCAUACCUUGUAAUGUUAGAGGUGACCUUGUAUAGGCGUGCUGCCGUAUAAGGGUCUCACGGAACACAUCCAAGAUCCCCAACCUAUACUACCUGGUCCGUUUUGCACAUGGAGAUGGACUUUGUAUGAACUGAUAAAGCUUAUUGAGUCCAUCCGGUGUGAUCUCAAAAAGGUCAAUGGCUAAUUUCUAAAAGUGGGCUAUAUGACACCUCGGCAAGUUGGAGUACCAUGAGCUGCUCAGACCUUAAUUCUUGCCGAGGUGCUCGGGUUACCUAAGCUGACCUGGCCGGUCGUAACACGUGUCCGCAUGCUAAUGAGUCGGGCCAAAUUAGCCCUCGUCACGAGGUAUUCCGUCUUCGAUCACGCUAGGGUCGUGGAGGAACGGACGGAAACAAGUUCCGCAUGUCGCUUGGUCUUCCGGUGGCGGCGACGGUGAACUGCGCCGACAACACAGGUGCGAAGAAUCUGUACAUCAUCUCCGUGAAGGGGAUCAAGGGUCGUCUCAACAGAUUGCCGUCGGCCUGUGUUGGUGACAUGGUGAUGACCACCGUGCAGAAGGGGAAGCCUGAUCUCCGGAAAAAGGUCAUGCCGCCAUGGCGACCAAAGGACGGUGUCUACAUGUACUUCGAAGGGGUGUCAGUGCCAUUUCAUUCUCUGCCCAUGCUUUAUGUACAUAUACUGCAGGAGUUGAUGGUAUGGUUUGCCAAAUUGAUUCCAUGACAGGAAACAUAUUAAGGAAGUUUCAGGCUUCUACAAAGACAAUUUCCUCAAUUGUCAUCUCGCCAGAUGGAACAACCCUAGCAACUGCAGCUGGUCAGAUGAAGAUUUUCAAUUGCUCAGACAAUAAUAAAAUACACAAGUUUUUUGGCCACCCUGGGGCUGUUCGUUGUAUGGUCUUCAGUGAAGAUGGGAAGUACAUCCUUUCUUCUUCUGUUGGUGAGAGAGAUCUUGCAGUAUGGAGAUUAGGUGGAAGCAAAAAAAAGUCUGCCAGCUGUGUGCUUGCAAUGGACCAUCCUGCUGUUUUUCUUGAUUGCAAGUGCAGGGAAAAUUAAAGUACAUAUGAUGUUGGUCUAUAUAUUCUGGCUGUUUUAGAAACCGGUCUGUGCCAUUUUUGGUAUGGAAAAAAUAUUGAGGAAUUAGGCAAUAUUUGCUUCUCAAACCCACGAUAAUCUCAUUAUCAAAUGAGGCUCAGAUUACAAAGAAUGAUGUAGACAUAAAGUUGAGUAGUUAUCAAGAUGUGGUUCUUCUGCCAAUGAUGCUUUUAGGCAUCAAACCAA